AGAUCAUUUGACUGAGGAAAUACGGCGAGCAAUGAUGGCGGUGUUGCCCGAUUGCAAGGGUAAAAAGAAGAUGAACUCGCCAUCUGCAUCCAGCGAGUCUGAACCUGGUACAAAAGAGGAGGGUGACAACAACAUCGCUCUUAUCCGGCGUACACGCAGGACUGUGGCGAACGAGAAGCGGAAGAGGAGCGCCGAGGAAACCGUGGGGAGCAGCCCACCAGUGAUGCAACCUGCAAAAACGCCACGAGCGACGAACGUGCGGCCGGUACGUCUUGCCACAAAACUACAGACUACGACGAAGAAGACGAUGAAGAAGAAGACUCCGACACGGUUUACUCCGCGGAGGGGAACCCCACGUACCAAGAUUGCCGCGCAAUGCGGGCCGGUGGGUCGAGCGAAGUACGUAGUGGAGAAUAUGCGAGUUCUAUCAGAGUGUGGGGCUGACGAACUUAAGGAAAUAUGUAAGAAGGAGGAGGUGGAAUACGGCAACAAAACCAUUGCCGCCAUGAACAUCGACCAAAAACGGGCGGAGGAAGCCUAUGGGAGCUACGAGGAAGGCGAGGCGAAUACCGACAAUGACGACGAGGAAGUCGUGCAGAAUAACACCGAAAUGCGGAUCGAGGGUCACACGGAAGAGCGGACGGACGUGUUUAGUACGCUAGCCGAUUUGGAGAAGCGAGGAAUUAGGAAAGGAAUUAGGAAGUUUACGUUGACUUCCGCUGGGGGGAACGCUUGGGUGGAGGGAUGGAAGAAGAUCACCAAGGCGUUCGGAUCAACAUCUGUAUCAUACAAAGGACUACCCUAUCCACGGAUAGGAGAACAUGUGCGGUUCCGAUUGCAUGAGCUAUCGGACAUUCACCCUAUGUUAUGUAAUGCGAAGAACGUUCUGCGAUCCUCACAUCCGGAUCGCGCAACUUUGCUUCGACGAGAGAUUGAGGAAGCUUUUGACCGUUGGCCAAAUCGAGAUAGGAAUACGGGGGAGACUCUGGUACUUUGCCCUUUUUUGUACCAUGAGGCAAUGAUGUCCACGUUCAUGUGCAACACGGGCUAUCGCAUCGUCAAGACCGAGGAGAGGUGCGUUCUCGAGGAGAUGAAGUCGGAUUUGACUAACCAAGGUCUGAAGCAGUGUGUGAAGAUUGACAUGAAGGGCACGUUUGGCUGCGCAUACGUCCAGCCCAAGCACAAAGACCUGGAUCGAUACAGACCGAUCUGUCCGUCUUAUUGCGAGCCGACUGUCAAAUUCUCGCGUUGCGAGGCAAAGGCGCUCAAUCACUUACUGUUCGCACUACCUGCGAGCUGGCAUUUCAACCUGCAGGACGUAUCAGGGUUGGUGCCACGUAUCAAGAAGCUUAAUCAGAAGUUACUGCAUGUACCAGGUGCGAAUUUGCACAUAUCCACGAUGUCUUAUGACAUCAAGGAUAUGUUCAGCAAAUUGCCGCACGAGGACAUCAUGCAGGCAGCGCAUUGGAUCAUCAACCACUUCAUCGGGAAAGGGAAAACUACAGUAAGGGUUAACCCGAGGGGGCGUGGCAACAGUUUUGGAAGAACUACGGGAGCGGAUCACUGGAGAGCAAUCGACUUGGAGGAUUUGAGGCGUUUCGUGGAAUUUGAUCUACGUCACACUUACAUCAAGGCCACGAGUGUGACGCUGAGACAGGUGGUCGGCAUCCCCAUGGGGAAGAGCACAAGUCCACCGCUUGCGUGCAUUAUGUGCGUGCAUGUUGAGUACAAGUUCCUCCGGGAACAGCGCAACGCCAGUUGUAAGAUCUUCGGCAUUCGACUAGUAGAUGACGUGAGCCUCGUUAUCGCUGGCAGACGCAACACCAAUGCGAGGGUGGAACAGAUUCUGAAAAGUUUCGAGUCAUGCUAUCCUAGCAAUUUGACACUUAAACGUACAGACGAUGGCGGUGGUUGCUGGGAGUUUUUGGGAGUCGAGAUGCGAACGCAGAAUGUGUUUCCGUAUAUGGGAUGUAUUCAAAUGUCGAAGAACGAGAAGACUGUAUGGACAGAGGAACGGUUGGAAUUCAAGAUCAGACAGGGGCAUUUUUCGUGGGGGAGUAAGGCGCAGAAAAGCGCGGUCAUCGCAAGUCGUUUGCACCGAAUCGAUCGAAAUAUGACUGUGCGAUGUGAAUUGCCGGACAAGGUGCUGACACUCAGCCGUGAACUGAGGUUGAUGGACGUGCCAUCGGAGUUCUUUCUUCGGGUGUUGAAGCGAUUUGCAACCGGCAGAGGACCCACUUGGGGAUACAUCUCCUCAUGGUUAGCUGAGUAAGCUGAGCAAGUCUGCGAUCGUGGUGCAGUCCACGGAUGACGUCUCGCGUGUGUAGUAUAGUUAGU